GCCAAAAGAGACGGCUCUGACCUGGAACACACUGCAUUCAGCAGUGAGUGUCAGGAAAGACAAAAGUGGGACAACAUAGCGAGGUCUCGCGUCUCCUACUGCUAAGGUCACCCUAACUACACCCGGGCAAUCAGAAUCCCCAUCCACAAGUAUGCGCAAAAGGGAGCUUAAGUUCAUACAAGCAAACCUACAGCGCUCAAAACUAGCGACAGUCGAACUGCUCCAGGCUGCCCAAAAGGAAAACAUUUCAAUAGCACUAGUCCAGGAGCCAUACGUAGGCAGGACCGGUGUUGUGAAACAAUGCAGUGGCACUCAAGUCAUCCAGUGCACCUUGGGCCGCCAAAAACCAGUGAAGGCUGCGGUAAUUGUUCUGGGAACAGAGCUAGAGGUCAUACACGAUCCUCAGCUGGUGACCGAGAAUGUGGCCGCGGUCCUCAUCAAAGCAGGGCGACUGAAGCUAGGAAUAAUUUCCAUCUACCUGGAAGGGGAUCAGGACAUCAACCCAUACAUAUCACGCAUCAAACUAGUCUGUGAUAAAUUACCAACAGACAAUCUGGUGGUUGCGGGCGACAUCAACGCCUGGAGCCACUGGUGGGGCAGCAACUCCGAGGACCACCGUGGUAAAGAUUUCAACAAUUUCCUAAGUGAGAUGAACCUCCAAAUUCUUAACACAGGAGCUACGCCAACCUUUGAGACCUACAGGGGCGACAGGCUGUACACAAGUAUAGUAGAUGUAACUGUGUGCAGCCUGCCACUCCUCGGGAAGAUCUCUGGCUGGCAAGUCCGCAGAGGUUUAACAACAUCCGAUCACAACGCUAUAACUUUCGGUAUGCGUCUGGAGACAGCCCUGGAAAGCAUCAGACCUGUCACCACGCGCAUAUACAACACAAGGAAAGCGAAGUGGACGGACUUCAACGGUUCUUUCCGGUCAGGACUCUCUGAAAAAGACAUCACAUCCACCCGAAUAGGGAAUAUUUCAAACCCGGAAGAACUGGAGGAAUCUCUCGCAAUUUAUGUUGAAAUCAUCCAUAAAGCGUGUGAAACGGCAAUCCCAAAAGUUGGUAUAAACAAGGGAGAGCCUAAGCCACCCUGGUGGUCCCCCUCUCUAGAAGAUCUGAAAAGAGAGGUACUCCGCAAAAAACGGAGAAUUAAAAAUGCAGCUGCCAGUCGCAGACUGUUUGUCAUAAACGAAUACACUCACGCUAGGGAGGAAUACAAAACCAAGGCAGCUGAGGCAGCAACCCAAAGCUGGAAAGAAUUUUGUGAGACACAAGACCGUGAGAGUAUGUGGGACGGAAUCUACAGAGUCAUAAGGAAAACGGCCAGAAAACAAGACGACCUGCUGUUAAGGGACUCCGCCGGCUUAACGCUUUCUCCGGAGCAAUCGGCGGAACUCCUGGCCCAGACUUUUUACCCUCGUGACACUGUAGAUUCCGAAACGGAACAUCAGACCCUGGUGAGAAACCUGUCUGAAAACAGGAAAUCCACGGACAUCGAAGACCUAUCCGCCGAUGAUCCCCCAUUUACGGCCGCGGAACUGGAAACAGUCCUAAACAGGCUUAAUCCAAAGAAGGCUCCCGGCCCUGACGGGCUCACGGCAGAUAUAUGCACAGCUGCAAUUCGCUGUGACAGAGAGGUGUUCCUGGCGCUGGCCAACAAAUGUCUGGCGCUAGAGCACUUCCCGAAGCAGUGGAAGGUAGCGCACGUGUGCAUCAUCCGUAAACCAGGGAAAGAUGAUUACACCCACCCAAAAUCCUACAGGCCAAUUGGUCUCUUAUCGGUCCUAGGCAAAAUAGUUGAAAAACUCACAGUCACCAGACUGCAAUGGCUCUUCCUCCCUACCCUAAACAACAAGCAAUACGGGUUCACUCCCCAGCGUAGCACAGAAGACGCCCUCUAUGACCUUCUACAACAUAUCAACACACAGGUAAGUUACAAGAAAAUUGUGCUUAUGGUGUCGUUGGACAUAGAGGGGGCUUUUGACAACGCGUGGUGGCCUGCCCUAAAGAAACAACUUAUUAACAAGAGGUGCCCAAAAAACCUUUACGGCCUUAUAACAUCCUACCUUUGUGACAGGACAGUCAGGGUCAAUUACGCAAGAGCAGUAUUCGAAAGGGGCACCAACAAAGGGUGCAUCCAGGGCUCCAUAGGAGGGCCUACCUUCUGGAACCUAAUUUUAGAUACGCUCCUCCAAAAACUAAAUAGCCUAGGCGUCUACUGCCAAGCAUUUGCAGAUGACGUAGUCCUAAUAUUCUCAGCCCCGACAGUCGAAAAAAUUCAAAGCACAGCCAACACCACCUUAGAGGCUGUGCAAACAUGGGGAAAACAAAACAAGUUGAACUUUGCCGCACACAAGACCAAUGCGAUGAUAAUAACUCGUAAACUAAAAUACGACCUCCCCAUAAUAAACAUGUCAGGGAUCCAGCUAAAACUCGUAAAAGAAAUAAAGUUGCUGGGUCUUAUCAUCGACUGCAAACUCACCUUUAACUCACACGUGGCGGCCACUUGUAGAAAGGCAGCCGACAUAUAUAAACAGCUAGCGUGUGCAGCAAAAGUGAGUUGGGGUCUAAACAAAGAGAUAAUAAGGACCAUAUAUGUGUCGGUGAUAGAGCCAAUCGUGCUAUACGCGGCAAGCGCGUGGUAUCCUGCAGCGGAAAAACUAUCAAUCAGAGACCAACUGUCCUCGCUGCAGAGAGGCUUUGCAAUAAAGAUUUGCAAAGCCUAUCGCACGGUGUCUCUAACAUCGGCGCUCAUACUUUCCGGGUUGCUGCCACUCGACCUCAGGGUCCAGGAAGCGGCAGCCUUCUUCAAAAUCAAAAAAGGCUACUCGGAGGAGCAUAUCCCGCCAGGAAGAGAGGUGGAGCAAAAAGUGGGAUAUCUCCACAACCCACAUCCCUCAACUCUGAUAAUAACAGAGUUCGAGCGUCUUGAAAAUCUGGAUCCAAAUACUUUGGAGACCUAUCAUGUAGUCGGUCCCCAAAUCUUCACCGACGGCAGCAAAAUAGAGGGGAAGGUAGGUGCUGCCCUAACAUGGUGGGACAAAGGUAAAGAGACCAGGUACUCCACCUUCCGACUAGAGUCACACAACACUGUCUUCCAAUCGGAGAUGUAUGCGCUCUACAGAGCGGUCAAGAUGGCAAGGAGCUCAAAAGCCAAAACUGUAAAUAUCAUGAGCGACUCAAGAUCUUCGCUUGAGCUUUUAAAAAAUCCAUGUGUUACACACCAACUAGCUCUGGAGAUUAAAAAACUCAUCGCGGAAACCCGAGCAGAAGACAGAGAGGUGAGACUCUUCUGGCUAAGGGCUCACGUGGGAACACCCGGGAAUGAGAGAGCAGACCAACUAGCAAAAAAGGCUGCUCUCACCAAAAAGACGGCCCCUGAUUACAGUAAAGUGCCCCUUUCAUACAUUAAGCGGAAAAUCAGGGAGGUAACAAUUCAAAAAUGGCAACAACGCUACGAAUCCUCCACCACAGGGUCGGUCACCAAGGCAUUUCUGCCGACCGUCUCUUCUGCGAGACGAGUACUGAAGGACACCACAUUGACACCAACUUUAGUCCAAGUCUUAACUGGCCAUGGAGGAUUCGCGGCCUAUUUACACAGAUUCAACCUAAUAGACAGCCCAUCCUGCGUCUGCGACUCGUCGUGCCACGAGACCAUCUGGCACAUUUUAUUCGAGUGCCCAAGAUUUGGUGGAGACAGACUCUCACUCGAAAUUCAAACUCAGACCCAACUGAGCCAAGAGUCUCUACCCACCAUCAUGGAGACUGAGAGUCUGAGGAAGCCAUUCCUGGCCUUUGCCGCUAAAAUCGCACGAGUCGCAGCAAUAAACAACGGCUCAACAAUGGCAUCCAAGGAUUUGCCCCACCAACCACAAGUCCCCACCCCUACAACGCCUGCAAACAGUAGGCCACUCAUCACAACCACAGCAGGUCUAAAUAACAUUAUUACCCCAGCGCCGACAAACUCCAGUGAACAACUACUGGAGUGCGCCAAAGUAGGGGUACCAAAACUGAGAGUUCGUAGCGUCGCACUCUUCAUGGACAACGACAAUGAGUCAUUUGGAAUUUCCUUCUGCCGGGAAAUCACAAACAAUCAGCUGGCCAUCUCACCCGGCCUCGCAGCUCUGCGGUUUGGAAGUACCAACAAAGCCGUGAUGAAGCGUAGUAGCUACAUAGCUCUUCCUCUGGCAACAUUCAUGGGCCACUCCUGCCGGGUGGUACGAUUGCAAAACAAGGCGGUCGUACUCCUCGAAUGGAAAGUCGAGUCCCCAUUCACCCAGGCAUGUUUGAUACUUACCAGUCUUGCGCAGAGUUGCCAAUCAGCGGGAGCACACCUACCCCGCAUUAUUAGCGUCGACGCUAUGGCCAUCGGGUAUCAGAAAGGUGAAGUUGUGGACCGUUGCGGAUGCGUCACUGCCUCAAAACAUUAUGAGGUAAUAGUUUAUGAAGACCGAGGGGAAAACUUAGACUACCUCAAACCCCACGUACGCGCCGCAUCGACCGCACCAUAUCACCUACCCACCGGCGUCAACCAUCCACCAACAAUCAGUGGCUCAGAGCGGCUACAACAAAAAAUUGCAGCCGAAAGGCUCUCAGCAUUAGAGAGUAGUCGAAGUCCAAAAGAGUGCCCUGAAACCCGGAGCCGAAUGAAGGCCCUCUCUGACUUCUUUAAAGUAGUCAUGGGUCGGCCAACUGAAGGCAACCCGAGUGGAAGGCAAACCUCAGCUGUGGAGAGAUUUUUAACUCCAAACAAGGCCACAGAACGGCCAACGGAUAGGACAAAGCGAACUCGGGCUGAUUUCGGGCAAAUCAAUUCACCACAAUACAGAACCGUCGCAAAACCCCUCGACCACAUUAUCAACGCCUUUCUGGAAUUCCGCGCUAUCAUCGAGGCAACCAGAGAGGUCAGUCUGGCAACAUGCAGAAACAUCAUGCAUGCCUAUCAGCUUAACAACCUUGCGCUGCUAAGGGUCAGACUCGAGGAGGCGGACGCAGCCAUCUAUAACAACGCAACAUCUAAAGUCAUACAUGGACAAAUGUCCGGUCCUUACAUGGCUGCGUUCAGCGCUAGCGUUGGUUUUGUUCCUAUAGACGAGAAUGCACUCAAAAUCAAGGGAACCACCACUUUUAAAACCCCCGAGGGAGAUCCCAUCGUCGUGACCGCCCGUUGCACCAAGAUUAUGCUGGAUGACAGGAUCCUGGACAUGGCAAAAACCAUUGCCCCGGGUCCUGACAUCUCGGCGUACGGGAGUGACUGGGUGGUACCCGACAUCAAGUGGAUCAACGGAGUGCCGGGCUGCGGCAAAACAACAUAUUUGGUAAAACACUUCGACGAGACCAAUGAUGUAAUUGCGACAACCACAGUAGAGGCGGCAAAAGAUCUGAGAGAGAAGCUAGCGCACCGCAUAAAAGGAGAGGAAAAAAUACGAGUGCGCACAAUAGCUUCAAUCCUCACAAAUGGAUUCAGGGGGUCCUUCAGUUGUAAACGGUUAACCGUGGACGAAGCCCUCAUGAACCAUUUUGGCUCUAUAAUUAUGGCCGCCAAGCUGUCUGGCGCAGUGGAAGUGGUCUUAGUCGGAGAUGUAAACCAACUGCCGUUUAUCGACAGAGAUAAUCUCUUUCACAUGAGAUACUGUCGGCCCGACUCUAUCACAAUGAUCCACCAAAACUUACUUUGCACACACCGCAAUCCGAUGGAUGUUGCCUUCGCCCUCAGUGAAGUGUACUCUGGCAUAUACUCAUCUCAGCCCAGAGUGCACUCAUUAAUCCAAAAGGGAUAUAGAGAUGCGGUUAUCCCAAGAUCCUUGGAAAAUACCCUCUACCUCGUACACACACAGGAGGAAAAGAGCACCCUUUCCAACCAGGGCUAUGGAGCGGGGUCGGGUUCCCGCAUCUUAACCAUCCACGAGGCACAAGGCCUAACGUACGAAACCGUCUUCAUCCUGAAAUCAAACGCCAAAAAACUCAGCCUGCACGACAGUGUACCUCACGCGGUUGUCGCAAUAUCUAGACACACCAAGACCUGUGUCUACUUCGCUGACGACUGUGGCGACGCGAUCGGCAGGUUGAUAGGGAGGGCACAGAGGGCCAGUACCAAGAACAUCAUGGAGUACUGUUUAAAAAUGGCCCUCAAGGAUAGAAACGGCAGAGUCGUGGAGGCCCUCACAAAAUCAAUUAAAUAA